AUUAAAUGGUUCAGUGCUCGAUUCAUCCUAACCGCAAAUGAGAAUUCUACUGCGAAGAUUGUCAAACAGAGGUCUGCAACAUCUGCAAAAAGAAGGAUCAUAAGAAUCAUAACUUAAGCAGACUAAAGAAAAAGAGCUCGAAAAAGGAGGAAAAAUGUCAAAAACAUAACAGAAUUGUCAUAAAAUUAGGAGAUAGUACAAAAGGAUGUCUCGUCUGCUUAUAUCAACAGUUCAAAGAUUUUAGCUUCCUGAAGGAAGUAUCUCUUCCUAAGAAAACUCAACUAUCAUGGCUCCAAGAGUGUCUAAACAAAGAAGAGUCCAAAACUGAAAACGAUGUGUAUACACACCAAUUCGAGCUUGUCAGAUUCCAGUCCAUGAUCGAUGAACUUAUCACAGAGGAUGAGGAAGUAACAAAAGAGAAUAUCCAAGCAUGGGUCAAAACUAAUCUUGAUGGUAUCAGUGUACAGGAGCAUGUGAAGAAGGGGCUCGAGGACACACUUGUGCCCCUAACUGACCCUGAAGUUUGUGGAAAGGUUAAUUUUAACCUUUCUGAGGCAUUUGAAAAUAAAAUCACAGCAGCGUUAUCAAAAAUUAUGUCUUCUAUUCCAGACGACAACGUAUUGGAUGGUCCAAAAUACAUAUUUGAUUCAACAGAUGUUUAUGCCAGAACUCUCAAGCAUACCUUCCCCCAAACAAUAUCAAAAAUUUUAGAUAAAACCUUCCAAAAUCAACUCAAAAACUUCAUCUCACCACCUCCAGGCACUCCAAAACUAAAGUUCAAAAUCUACCAAAUCGAAGACUUCCAAGCCCAGCUAUUUAACCUCAAAAAUCCAAUAAAGACUUAA